AUGUCAGAAAGAGUUCAAGAAAUUAACGCUUUGGCUAAAGAAUUAAAAUCUAAUUUGAAACAAUUCCCAAAUUUCCCAAAAGAAGGUAUCUUAUUUGAAGAUUUCUUACCAAUUUUCACUAAACCAGAUUUAUUCAACAAAUUGGUUAAAGCUUUCAAAUUACAUGUUGGUGACAAGAAGAUCGACUAUGUUAUUGGUUUGGAAAGUAGAGGAUUCUUAUUUGGUCCAACUUUGGCUUUGGCUUUAGAUGCUGGUUUCAUACCAGUUAGAAAACCAGGUAAAUUACCAGGUCCAACUUAUAAAGUCGAAUUCCAAAAAGAAUACGGUUCUGAUGUUUUUGAAAUCCAACAAGAUGUCAUUCCAAAGGGUUCUAAAGUUUUAAUUGUUGAUGAUAUUUUGGCUACUGGUGGUUCAGCUUAUGGUGCUGGUGAAUUGGCUAAGAAAUCAGGUGCUGAUAUUGUUGAAUACUUGUUUGUUAUGGAAUUGGAUUUCUUGAAAGGUAGAGAUAGAUUAGAUGCUCCAGUUUACACUUUAUUUGGUGGUCAAGAAGAAAAAUUCACCGAAUAG